AUGGCGGCAGGUUCUGGCCGAAGGUUCGCCGCCGGCGAUGCUCCGGCGAGACGGUGCAACCUGGAGCGGUUCCUCGAGGCCACCACGCCCGUGGUUGCGUCCAGCUGCUCCUCCAAGGAUUCCGUGAAUGGUUGGGGGCAAUCAGAUGUAGAUGACUCGUUGCCAUUCUUCACUCUGAGCGACCUCUGGGAUUCAUUCAAGGAGUGCAGCGCGUACGGCAUUGCUGUACCCCUUGUUCUGAACAGUUGCAGUGAUGGCGUUGUUCAGUACUACGUCCCUUACUUAUCUGCAAUCCAGCUUUAUGGAGGAUUCAGGAGGCACAUCGGCCCUUUGAGGACGGGUGCACAGGAGAGCGACAGCGACGUGGAGCGCGAGACGAGCUCCAGCACGAACACGUUCUCCGCCCAGGAGGCGAGCGAGAGCAGCACCAGCAGCGGCAGCGAAGCUUCCAGCGACGAAGGCGAACCAGGAAGCUGGUGCCAGGAGCGGCUCCUCUUCGAGUUCCUGGAAUCCGAGCCCCCCUACCAACGUGAGCCGCUGGCUGAUAAGAUUUGUAGCCUCGCCCAGCGGUCUCCGGAGCUCAAGACUCUCAGGAGCUGCGAUCUGUCGCCGGCGAGCUGGAUCUCCGUUGCAUGGUACCCGAUCUACCGGAUCCUGACGGGGCCGACGCUGCGCGACCUGGACGCCUGCUUCCUCACCUACCACUCCCUGUCCACGCAGUUCGCAGGUGCGGGCAACAGCAGCCCCAAACCGACGGCGGCGACCGCCACCACACGCAGUGCGCCCGUGACGGCGAUGUGGCUCCCGACGUUCGCGAUGGCGUCGUACAAGGUGAAGGCCGCGGCGUGGACUCCGGGCUGGCGCGACCGGCAGAUGGCCGCGUCCCUCGCGCAGGCCGCCGACGCCUGGCUCAGGCUCCUGCGCGCGGACCACCCCGACCACCGCUUCUUCGCCGCCCGGCGGGCUCCCACCAGGAGAUGGUGA